ACAGUAAUAAAAUGAACAAAGCAAACUAAAAACCAAACAAAUAAAGGCAAUGAAAAGAAUCUCUUUUGAUUUAUAGUGAAGAAACCAAACCAUAAACAUCCCAUGUUUUGAAGCUUCCUACAUUUUUUUCUAAAACCCCACACACCAUUUAUCAAAUCUCUGUUACAGCUCUUCUUUCUUUCUUUCUUUCUUUCUUUUGCUUUGAUGUUUCAUAUAACAACAUGAAAAAUCUGGGUUUAAUCGUGUAUUGUUCUUCAUGUUCAACAUGGAACAUCAUCGUUUUCAUUUGCAGUUUUAUGUUAAUGCAUUCAAAUGUUGUAGUACAUGCAGAAAGCUUUGAUUUUGACUCACUUUUACAGCUCCCAAAAUCUGGGUCAUCAGCAAGAAUCCGACCCAGAGCUAAACAGGUUCUCUCUGUCAGUGAUUUUGGUGCUAAAGGAGAUGGUUACCAUAAUGACACCAGGGCUUUUGAAAAUGCCUGGAAUGUAGCAUGUUCUUUCCCAGGCAGGAUAAGGAUUGUAAUACCAGCUGGAUAUACUUACCUGGUUCAUCCUGUUGAGCUUGGUGGGCAUUGCAAGUCAAAGAUCACUUUGAUGAUUUCAGGUACCAUUGUUGCUCCAAAAAACCCCAAUGUCUGGGAUGGUUUGAAUCCUCGCAAGUGGCUUUACUUUCGUGAGGUUAAACACCUACAUGUAGUUGGGGGAGGAACUAUCAACGGAAUGGGACAACAAUGGUGGGCUAGGUCUUGCAAAAGAAAGAAAACAAAUCCAUGUCGGCAUGCUCCAACCGCUUUGACUUUCCACAAGUGUAAGGAUCUGAAAGUCCAUGAUCUUAUGCUGGUCAACAGUCAACAGAUGCAUAUAGCAUUCACUAAUUGUCUAAGGGUUUUGGUAUCUAAUCUUAAAGUGAUAGCACCCUCUACUAGCCCCAAUACAGAUGGAAUUCAUAUCAGUUCAUCCCGUGGUGUUGAAGUCAAGAAUAGCGUUGUAAGAACAGGAGACGAUUGCGUUUCAAUAGUUGGCAAUACUUCUCGUGUCCAAAUCAGAAACUUUGUUUGUGGACCUGGUCAUGGUAUAAGCAUUGGAAGCCUGGGAAAAUCAAACUCUUGGGCACAGGUUCGUAAUGUACUUGUUGAUGGAGCUUUCAUUUCCAACACCGAGAAUGGGGUGCGGAUCAAAACAUGGCAGGGAGGUAGCGGUUAUGCUUCCGAUAUGCAGUUCAUGAAUAUAUUGAUGGAGAAUGUAGCGUAUCCGAUCAUUAUUGAUCAAUAUUAUUGUGAUUCAGACCUGCCAUGUGCUAACCAGACAUUGGCUGUUAAAGUGGACAAUAUCUCCUAUGUGCACAUUAAGGGAACAUCAGCUGUGGAGGAAGCAAUAAGAUUUGCUUGCAGUGAUAGCCUUACAUGUGAAGGGUUAUAUUUGGAAGAUAUUCAACUCGUUUUGGAAACUAGAGGCAUCACUAAAUCUUUUUGUUGGGAAGCUUACGGCUCAAGUUCGGGUCUAGUGCAGCCCGCUCCAUGCCUAACAUGCAGUGAUGGCUUCAUUAAGCAGAAAGUUCCUUAUGGCCUGCCUAUUGGUUCCUUUUGAGUGGAUCGUAAUACUUCCAUCCAACCAUGUUGGAGUCAGCAACGGCAUAAGCAUUGGAGCAUUGCUGCAGAGCUUUAUUUGCUUGAAAUCCAAAAAACACCUUCUGGAUGUGCAACAAAUUUCUCUCAACAAGUGAUCUAACAGAAAAACGAACUUACCGGAAACUUGUACUGCCAAAAUGUAGGGGAAUUAUAGGUACCUUAUAAUACACUUUCCCCUCUUCUGAGUAAUGUAUGUAAAUAGCAGCUUAGCAAAGAUUGUAAUCAUGCUGUGUUCCACAUAUAUAUACAUAUGUGGAUUCAAGAAUUUGACAUUGUUUAGGGAAGUUUUACCUUUAAUAAACAAGUGGAGUACUUUUUGAUCA